AUGUCAGACACAGAAGUUAUAAACAAUUCAGCCACCACCACAGAUAACCUUGAUGACAACAACGCCAGCUCAAGUAUAGCUAGAGAAAAUAAAACCACAAAUCCAACAGACUCUUCAUUCAUCGAGGAUUCCAAUAAUAAUAACAACGUCAACAAUACAAGUAAACUAUCAUUACCAUCUCCUUCGAUUUCUUCAAUUUCCUCCCUUGACAGUAAUAAUUCCACCGAGAAACUUAUAAGCAGUCUAGCUAAUAGCAGUAUAGAUGAGACUAAGACCAACGAAAAUGUCAAUGAAGAUUCAACCUACAAAUCAAAAUUAAUUAUCACACAAUUAGAUCCUGAAACACUAAGUGAAUCUGCAAAAAGACAAUUACAAAGACAAAAUAGAAUACCACAAUCGUUUCACUCUAAAACCAAUUUCUAUAACGAUUUAUCACAAGCUUCAGUGGAUGUGGAUCCAACUCCAAGACAAGAAUCAGUUGCAGUAUCCGUGCAACGACCAGAACAAAAUCCAAUAGAUGGGUCAGGGUCAGAACCAGGAACAACAGAAAGCAAUGGUUCCAUACCAUUACCAAAGAAAAUCAAGAAAUUUACUGUACGUAAAAUAUCGAACCCAGAAUCAAUAACAUCUCCAACUUCAUCACCUAAUAUAAACAAAGAGCCACCAAGACAAACAAAGUUUUCACCAACAAAUACAAAGUUCAAUGUCACUCCCCGUGUUUCUCCUGUAGUUUCGUACUCAGAAAAUAAAAAUUCACAUCAGCAAGGACAAUCACAAUCAAGAAAAAGCAGUGUCAAUAGUAAUGGUGAUAGCCAAGAACAUAAACACCAACAAGAGUUGCAUAAGUUGCGAAAAAUUGAAGAGAAAUAUGAUCAAUAUGAAUUUCGAAUUGAAAAAAUUGAUAAGGAAAUUGCUUAUUUGAAGAAAUUACUACCACCUUAUAAUGUUCAAAUUGAUUAUAACACUAGAGUUAAAAUUAAUAAAGCAAUUGAAAAAUUGACUAUGAAGAAAGAUGAAAUUGACAAAAAGAAAUAUGAUUUGGGAAUUACAAUAAGCCGAUUAUGGAGAAAUUUGGGAGAUGGGAAAGAGAUUUGGGUUCGAAAAUUUGAUUAA